AUGACAGAUCAAAGAAAGCCGCGGAUAAUCCUUGGCCUCAUGGUCAUUGGUCCCGAGGGAAGUCCAGGGGCACGUAUGACGGAUCCGGGUGAUUUCAAGAAGGCUCUGGACAUCUUUCAAGAGCGAGGUUACCAUGAGCUCGACACGGCACGCCUAUAUAUCGGCGGGAAGCAGGAGGCAUUUACAAGACAGGCCAGGUGGAAGGAGAGAGGUCUAUCCAUAGGCACAAAACUAUGGCCGCUACCAUCAGGAUCGCACGAGCCAGAGGCACUAACAAGUGCGUUAUACACUUGUCUAAAGGAGCUUGGGACAGAUUCUGUAGACAUUCUCUACCUUCAUGCACCUGACCGAUCUGUGCCUUUCGCAGCUACACUUGAAGCUAUAGAUAAGCUACAUAAAGCUGGCAAGUUCUCGCGACUGGGUCUCAGCAACUAUGCAUCUUUCGAGGUGGCCGAGAUUGUCAUGACGUGUAAUCACAAUGGAUGGGUAAAGCCAACAGUGUAUCAGGCCAUAUACAACUGCCUAUUCCGAACUAUUGAGGAUGAAUUGAUUCCAACAUGCUCUCGUUAUGGUAUCGCUGUCGAUGUAUAUAGCCCGACUGGAGGCGGGUUCCUCCUCGGCAGGAUCACAUCGAAGGACGACGACCCGAAGGAAGGACGAUACGCGGCAGGCCCAUUCCAGCAUUUGACGCGAGGGCGGUACUUCAGAGAUGGUAUAAUCAAGGGGUCGCAGCUGAUCCGUGAAGCUGCCGAGGCACGAGGUUUGAAUCCCUUGGAGGUAGCGAUGCGCUGGUUGGUACACCACUCGAUGCUACGGGUUGUCGAAGGGCAGGACGGGGUCGUGAUUGGCUUCUCUAAUAUACAGCAACUAAAGCACAAUCUAGACUACCUAGAAAAAGGACCGUUGGACGCGGAGUUACUUCAGGUACUACAGCAAGCAUGGAAAGCAGCCAAGGGGGACAUGGAGACAUAUUGGCAGCUACCAAUGGUAUACACCUACGACACGGAAGAAGUACUUUUUGGGCAAGAGAGCAAGUGA